GAUAAGAGAUAAAGAGAUGAAGGUUAAUAUUAAAAAAUUAAUCAAUCGGUGACACGAAAUCCUACGAGAUUUUGAUUAGAUUACAUUAAAUACUGAAUAUAAAUAUUACCCAAUCAAGAUUCAGCUAAAGUAUUUAUCUUCUAUAAUUUACCUUCAAUUGUGUAUAUUUCAAAAAUUAACUUCUUUAAGUAUAUAUAUAUACUUGUUCUUAAAUAUUUAUAUGAAUAUCGUAUUGAGAAUUACAAUAAAUUCCUAUAAUACACUUAUCAAAAUAAGAUGAAAUAAGAAGUGCUUAUUAAUUUUAACGAUCUUAAUUGUUAAUUAUACUAAUAUGAAGAUAUUAUCUUAAUUUAUGAAUAUGUACUGUCUUUAUCUUAUCAGAAGCAAUAGAUAACAAUCAAAUAAUUUUGCUUUAUUAAAUAUAAGAAUGUAGAUCAAAUGCAUUCAUAGACCAUUCCAAUAGUUCGCAACAAAAAUAUGUGUAUUUUAUUUAUUUAUCGAAAUCCUAAUGCCAAUGCUGAAUCUUAUCGGCUAAUCCUUGCUGCUAAUCGUGAUGAAUAUUUUAAGCGUCCAGCUUUACCUGCACAUUAUUGGGAAAAACAUCCUAUGUGUUUAGGAGGUAUCGACAUGGAAUCUGGUAAAGAGGGUGGUACUUGGUUCGCAUUAUCAAAAAAAGGAAAAGCUGGUAUUAUUUUAAAUCUAAGUAACGAACCAGAUAAAACUCCAACUCCAAAAAAGGGUCGUGGAACUUUAGUUAAUGACUACAUUACUUCUAAUGAUUCUGCAGAAUGUUAUCUAAAAAAAUUGCAUCGAGAAAAUCAAAAUACUCAAAGCUACAAUCAUUUUAAUUUAAUUCUGAUUAAUAUGUAUACCGCAAAUGUGUAUUACUUGAAUAGUUCUUUAAGUUCUUUGGGACCAAAAAUGUGUCAAGAUGAUGUAAUAGGUAUUGGGAAUAGUUUAAUGGAAUGUCCUUAUAAAAAAGUUCAAGUAGGAAAAGAAAAAUUUGCGAGUAUUGUCAGUAAUGUUAAAAUUUCGCAGCAGGAUGAUAUUAUAGAAAAUCUUUUAGAACUUUUAAAGUUACAAGAAAGACAUUUACCGGAUCUUGAAUUACAAAAAAGAUCACCAAAUAAGUGUGCUGAGCUAAGUUCUAUUUUUGUUUCUCUUGCUGACUAUGGUACAAGAACUCAUACUAUAUUAAUGGUUAAUGGUUUAAAUCAACUAACUUUUGUGGAAGAAACUCUUAUGCCAGAUUUAUCGUGGAAGCGGCAAUUAUUUAACGAUAUCUUAACUGAUUCAGACAUUCAAGAGUUAAUAAAACAAAGUGCAUUAGUAAGAGAAUAUGCGUAUGCACCUUACAGCAAUUUUAAAGUGGGUUCUGCAAUACUUUGUACCGAUGGAACAAUCUUUAAGGGUUGUAAUGUAGAAAAUAUAUCAUAUCCUGUUGGAAUAUGUGCUGAAAGAGCAGCUAUUGCAAAAGCAAUAUCAGAAGGGAAUAAAAAGUUUAAAGUAUUAGCAGUAAUCGCGGAUAAAUUAGAAGAUAAAUUAACUACACCUUGUGGUAUGUGUCGACAAGCUAUCAUAGAGUUUGGAAAUAUACCUAUUUAUUGUGCAGGGUCUGAUAUGAAAGAUGUAUUACGGACUACGAUAAAUGAUUUACUUCCUUUUUCAUUUAGUCAAAUGGAUAUGAAAAAUUAAAUAUUUUAUAUUAUCUUAUAACAUAGUUCACACACACACAAGCGAUAUAAUUAAGAUUAAAAUACAAACAUAAAAAUGAGGUUCUAUAAUAACUAAUGAAAUUAUAUACAAAUAUUAUUUGAAAUGCGUCGUGUGAAUAGCCUGAAUAUAUAUUUUUACAUACAAAAUUAAUGCAAUGUAAACUGUUUUUGUAAAAUAUGAAGCUGAUGCUUCAUUUAUUUAUUACACAAACAGUCUAUACUGCAUUUGCUUUAAUAUUAAUCUUUUUUAAAUGGCUUUGUUUUAUGCUUAUUGAAAAAAAAUAUUAAUAAUAUAUCAUUAAUUCUCCAAUAAAUAUUUAUAAUUUUUCCUUUUUUUUUUGAUUAUAUAUUAAGUUAAAGCAAAUAUUACAUCUAUUUUGUUAUCACUCACAUUGCACGUGCAGAAAAAGCACUAAGGGCUAUAAUAAUCACUUCGAAUUUUGUUAUUGUAAUUUAUAAUUUACCAAAAUGGACACCUGAAAGAAAAAGAGAAAACAAAAAAUAAUAUUAUUAUAUGAAAUAUUGUUAAUAUCAUUUAAUAUCAAUUAUGGGUGAUGUAACUAUUAUAUAAAUAUAUCAACUAUCAAACAAUUUAUACUAUAUACACAUGUAGAUAAAAAUAUAUGUUAUAUAUUUUAUAUAUUUUAUAUUAUUAUAUAAUUAUUAUAUUUUAUAUAUAAUAUCUGAACAUUUCAAUUACUUUUCCGAUUUCAGUUUGAAAUCGGACGUUUCAUAUUUAAUGAUCUAAUAUAUAUAUUACCUGUAAAUAAAAUAUUUUUCUUUUCA